GGGAUGGAUAUGCCGAUAAUGCACGACAGCGAGCGAUACGAGCUGGUGAAGGAUAUCGGGGCGGGGAACUUUGGGAUCGCGAGGUUGAUGAGGGACAAGCAGAGCAAGGAGCUGGUCGCUGUUAAGUAUAUCGAGAGAGGCGAAAAGAUAGAUGAAAAUGUUCAACGGGAAAUUAUUAAUCACAGGUCAUUGAGGCACCCAAAUAUUAUUAGAUUUAGAGAGGUUAUUUUAACUCCGACCCAUCUAGCAAUUGUUAUGGAGUAUGCUUCUGGGGGUGAACUUUUUGAGCGCAUCUGCAAUAAUGGUCGAUUUAGUGAGAAUGAGGCCCGUUACUUUUUCCGACAACUUAUAUCGGGUGUCAGCUUUUGUCAUUCAAUGCAAGUCUGUCACCGUGACUUGAAGCUAGAGAACACAUUGUUGGAUGGAAGUACUGCUCCUUGUUUGAAGAUUUGUGAUUUUGGGUAUUCCAAGUCAUCAGUCCUGCAUUCACAACCAACAUCAACUGUUGGAACCCCUGCUUAUAUUGCUCCAGAAGUUUUGCUCGAGAAGGAGUAUGAUGGCAAGAUUGCAGAUGUAUCGUCCUGUGGAGUUACUCUAUAUGUCAUGUUAGUGGGUGCAUAUCCAUUUGAGGACCCUGAAGAACCUAGGAAUUUUCGCAAGACAAUACAGCGCAUAUUAGGGGUGCAAUAUUCUGUUCCUGAUUAUGUUCACAUAUCUGAGGAGUGCCAGCAUCUGAUCUCAAGAAUUUUUGUUGGCAAUCCUGCUGAGAGGAUAUCGCUCCCAGAGAUCCGCAACCAUGCAUGGUUCCUAAAAAACCUCCCAGCCAACCUGAUGGAUGAGAACAUGAUGAGCAACCAAUACGAGGAACCUGAUCAACCAAUGCAGAGCAUCGACGAAAUAAUGCAAAUAAUCACCGAAGCAACAAUCCCUCCAUGUGGGGCCCGUGUCAUUGGCCAGUACCUCGACGACCUUGACACGGAUGAUGAGGAAAUGGAGGAUAUCGACUCUGACCUCGAUACUGAUAGCAGUGGUGAGAUAGUCUCUGCUAUUAUGUGAAUUAAAAUCAAGAGAUCAUAUGGAGUUUGUGGGUAAAAACCAAGUCCCAUUUUGUGGGGCGCGUGUAUUUUUGUCAA